UUAACUCUUGACCUCUUAAGGGCAUGCUCGUCCGACUUCAUCGGGACUGUCUGUUGGCUUCAGAGGACCGAAAUGAUAUUUCGGAGAGUGUCAGUGUCAUCUUACUAGUCAAAAAUAUGUAAGUGUUUAAAUAUUUGCUUAUUUGCUCCAAACUCCAAAAUAAUUUGACUUCGUUGUUCGGUGUUAGGGGUCGUUUGUAAAUUAAGUCACGCUAAAAAUGACCUUUUUUAGACCCCGCCCUCCCACCCUGUCACGAAUAUUCACAAAUUCUUUAACUCACCCCCCCCCCCUCCCGUGUCACGUCACACCUAAAAAAUUUAAAAACAUACAUACAAUUUUCAUAACUAAACUAAGAUUUUAUUUUAUUCUUUAAAAUUUUCCCAUAAUGGAUUAAGAUGUAGUAUUAUUUUCGAACCGUUGAAUCUGUUGUGUUGUAAUUAUCCACUCAUGGCAAUGAGUGUCUACUUGUCUGGCCAAGUCUCUCACUUGAUCCCACCAAUAGUGUAGCUAAUAUCAACAGUUAAUAAUACAGCCAACGUCAACAGGUUUUUAGCUAGAUAAGAGUUUAUUUAACACUACUCCACUAACUAUUGUUGAUGUAUAAUUUCAGAAUUGAUAAUCAAAUCACUCUAACCAAACACUACUCAAUAUAGAAAUCCAAACAGUUCAUCCAGUAUAUCCGCCAUCAAUCUUCCAUCACAACAACCGCCAUCUCUAUCCUUCCAUCAACAACCAAACUGACGCGUCAUAUCCCCAUACACAAUUACGUUACAACACUCUCUCACAAACGAUACAGCUACACAUAAAAUCUCUAACUCAACAUCUUUCCCUAUCAAACAUGAAAACAAUCAUCUACACAUAACAACAGUGAUUCUCAUACCCUUGACAAUUAUUAGAAAACUGAGUUUCAUAGUACCUAUAAUACCUGAGUAGUGAUAUACGCACGAAUCAGGGCGUAAAUUGGCGGGUGAAGGACGGGUGAGCCCGCCAGACCCGCCAAGGGGUAUAACCCGAUAAUUACUGUCUUAUAAAAGUGACCUCCCUUUGUUGUCCGAGUGUAAUUAUUGUUGUAUUGAUUAUAUUAAUUAUUGUUGUCCGAGCGUAAUUAUUGUUGUAUUGAUUAUUUUUUGUAUUGUGUAAUUAGAGUUGUACUGUUGUAAAUGAUUUGUAAUUAGUUUGAUUAAUGACGACAUCAAAGAGAUAACAAAAGAGGAAUUGUUUUUUAUAUAUUACUUUUAUUAUAUUUUAUGACAAGUGCAUGAUUCAACAGAAUCAUGAUUGAUUCAACAGAAUCACAAUUUUAUUGCAUAAUUUUAAUAUAAGUGGUUCUCAAAUUUCUAUUGAGUGGUUCUCAUUUUCUCUAAUGAGUGGUUCUCAUAGUGUUUUGGUUGCAUAAUUUCUUAUAUUUUUAAUUAGUUUUCUUGUAUAUUUUAAGUGGUAAUCACGAUGUCGGGGUUGAUUUUCUAAUAAGUGGUGCUCAUUAGGUGUGACUCAUAACGAGUUUUCUUCUAGUUAUGGAAUAAUUCUGUUGCAACAGGAUAAGUUUAUUGAAUUUUAUUGAUGAGUAAGCAAAUAAUUCUCAUUUUCAGUAGGUUCUCAAAGUGUUUUGGUUGUAUAUUUUCUUGUAUUUUAAUGAGCUUUCUUGUCUAUUUUAAGUGAUUCUCAAAGUAUGGGGGUCAUUUUUGGUUGCAUUUUAAUAGGUUCUCUUAUAUUUUUAAUUAGUUUUCUUGUAUAUUUAAAAGGUCAAGGGCGGGUCAGGGUUGAUUUUCUAAUAAGUGGUUCUCAUUAGGUGUGAAUCAUAACGAGUUUUCUUCUUGUUAUGGAAUAAUGCGGUUGUAACAGGAUAACUUUAUUGAAUUUUAUUGAUGAGUAAGCAAAUAUUUCUCAUUUUCAGGGAUUCUCAAAGUGUUUUGAUUGUAUACUUUCUUGUAUUUUAAUUAGUUUUCUUGUCUAUUUUAAGUGAUUCUCAAAGUAUGUGGGUCAUUUUUGGUUGCAUUUUAGUAGGUUUUCUUAUAUUUUUUAAUUAGUUUUCUUGUAUAUUUAAAGUGGUUAUCACGAUGUCGGGGUUGAUUUUCUAAUAAGUGGUUCUCAUUAGGUGUGACUCAUAACGAGUUUUCUUCUUGAUAUGGAAUAAUUCUGGUGUAACAGGAUAAGUUUAUUGAAUUUUAUUGAUGGGUAAUCAAAUAUUUCUCAUUGUCAAGGGGUUCUCAAAGUGUUUUGGGUAUAUUUUCUUGUAUUUUAAUUAGUUUUCUUGUCUAUUGUAUAUGGUUUGGUAGGCAGGACAGGUGGUUUUAAGCUUCUUCUUGACAAGUUGAGGACCGAGUAGGGUCCAAAUUAGAGAUAUUGUAGUGUGUUGUUUAAAUUUUUUAGGCUUAGUGGGUUAUGUUUUGUAAGCAUGACAGAUGUUUUAAGUUUUUUCUUGGCAAUUUUGAGGACCGAGUAGGGUCCUAAUUAGAGUUAUUGUAGUGUGUUGUUUACAUUUUUAGUCUAGGGGUUAUAUUUUUUUAAUUAUCAGUGACUUACAAGGCAUACCAUCACCACACCUGCGCUCACAAGUCACGCUACACCGCGCAUUGUAACCAAAGGCCACAGCUCGUCCAUUGUUCACAUUUCCCCGCUACGCUUGUUAACAAAAGGGCUGACGUGUUCUGUGAGUGGCGGGGCGCUCUGGUUAGACCAUAAACAAAAAUGGCGCCCGGGGAGCUAGCUACAAGAAAUUUUAAAAGUAGUGUUGUGUAUUUUAUACUGACAGGGCUCCCUCGUGGUUCUACCAGAUAUUCUGACAGACUUCAUAUCAAGCACUAGGCAUUCCACUGAGAAUAAAACGUAAGAAAUGUAUGGAUUAACCAUGUUUCCCAUGUCAUCCCCCAACCUUCAUGAUUCGUCCGACUAUGGGUAGACACCUGCACCUGAGACAAAUCUAACAGGUGGUUAGUACAAGGGAUCUCAUCUAUUGGACUGGGGGAAUGAGGGGUGUUACUAUAGCAGGAGUCUGGGUAUUAACAGGUAGUAUAUUAGAAAGAUUUAGACCCAUUUGUUUAGAUGAAAUUUUUCGAUGGUCUGAGGGUAGACACAACCAUUACAAGUGCCCAUAGGGGCGGGGGAUUGUAAGCGAUACGGGGGUAAAUGAAUUUUAGUGACAAGGGUUCUAAAAAAAUUUUUUUUUUUUUUUAAUUUGUAAUGUUUAUUAGUAAAGUAUAUACAUCAACAACAGAUAGAAAAUAACAGGAGUCAUACAUUUUAAUUGUUUUUUUAAUUGUCCGAUACAAACAUAGUUAUUUUAAGUCAUACAUUUUAAUAGGUUAUUGACAUUAUUUUUUAAGAGGUAAAGACGACCCUUGUGUUUUUACAAGCGUUCGUUUGUCCAGGUGUUGGCGUUAUCUUGAGGCAACAAGAAUGGAUAGGGCGCCAAAGCCGACAAAACCAAUAGCAGUAAAUAAAGUACAUUUCCAUAUCUUUUCAGCCAGUUCCGAUUGAGCUGGAAAAAACUCAACGAAUCCAUCCUGAAAAUUAAGAAUAAUACAUAUAGUUAUAGUAAGACAUAUGUUUUUUCUCUUUGUGUCCAACGAUAACGUAUAAUUUCCAGACGGAAAGCCUUGCCUAGGGCAUCUAAACUAAUAUUUUUUAUUAACUAUACGAUAGUCUUUAGGUCUACUUAAAACUAUAAAAAAUAAAAUAAUUACCCAUCCUCCAUUGUCGAGAAUCCAUUUUCCAAGUUUGUUAGCAACAUAUUUUCCAACAAAUAAGGCAAACUUCUUUUGGUAAGGUAUGGACCUCGAAGAAUAGGAUUCAUUUAUGUUAUCAGAUUGUUCAUUUUUAUUAUUGUCAAUGUAAUACUUGACAACUCGUGCAGCAAAGGCAUAAACAGCAACAAGCCUUCCCCAGUUUACUUGUCCAUCAGCAAAGAUUUCAUCCGCAACAAUAACAAAAGUUGGAAAUGCAUUUGUUUCAUCUGGUUUUAGUCUGUUGACCAACCCGGUAAAAACUAAAUCAUGCCGAUCUGACAGCUCUUUCACAGUACGCCGUAAGGUGCGACAAUAUUUAUUGGGAGGCUUUUUAGGAUUCACUUGAUCAAAAGUAAUAAGUAAAUCUUCUGUCAUAGACUCUGCCUCACGACAAAUUUGAUCCAACGGUGAGUUGGAGAAUGUCUGGGGACUAGCUUCCAUCACGCUUGCAAUAUCGACUUAUAGUGUUAUGUAUCACUUUUCCACACUGGGAACACAAAAUAUUAAGUAAAAAAGGAAAACGGCUAUAAGAAAAAAGCCACUUUAAAGUUUAAAUUUAGAUUGUUAGACAUUUUAAAUCAUGGCCCAUUUCCUUCACAGGAGCAGUCAACUUGUCACGGAUAAAGGCAAAAUCCGUUUCAACACUUUCUUGAUUUCGUUGAAACGAUUGAUCCAAUCCCGAGGUUAACAUUGUCAGCAAGAAUAACUCAGACUGAGUUGUAUCAUCCCACUGACUCAAAAUAUCCGCCUGCUCAGCGGGGGUAAAAAUGCCCCGUUGUACCAGACCACUGAGAAUGUAACGGGGAGUUAAGUUAUCCACUAGAAAUGUCCAAUUUUUAAGUAGGAUUGUUUUAUCUGUGUGGUUCAUACUUGUUACUCUCCCUCAACACCAUGUGUAGUUUGCGCUGAACCUGAUAAAAUAAAGCCAGAGGUUCUCAAUCAAGGAAGAGGGUCAAAUGUUAAACGGGUCUCUCAUCUAUCCUACAACUCGAUUAUUUUCUUUUUAGUCUAGUUCACAAAGGGUUCGUAUCGCAAACACAAGUCUCUUUAACUUUCCAACCGCGUGGGACAUCGGGAUUUUCACAAGUGCAAUCGUCACGAAGGUUACGCUACCAAACGUUCAAAUCACAACUAACAUCGCAUGAACAGCGAUCGACUCGUCUGUACAAGAGUAUUGUCGGACCACCAGGAAUGAAAAGGCUAGAAGUUUGGGGUGGAUUAUAUACACACUACAACAAUGAUUGCGCGAGCCAGCGCAAGCGUGGUCAAUGACCGGGUAAUGACCCUUCGGGCGAGUCUAAUACCGCCCCACCCCCCUUGUUAAACGCUUAGUACCGAUGUACCUUCCCAUCUCUCCCCCCUCAGCUCGACUCUAAUCUUUUUUCCAACCCACCGAUCAACAAAGUACCCUCCCUUUCCCAACCCAACUUUACGAGGACCAGCUACCAUAACAUUUAAAAACUUAACACUCUUGGUCGUCUCACAUCGACGCUUAAAUUUGUCUGUCCCCACCACACCUAAAAAAUUUUUCACCCUUUGCAAACUUUACAACAGACCCAUCUACCACAUCAUGACACCCCGUUACUAGGUUCGUUGUCCCCGUCACAACUAACAAAUGUGCCUCCCUUCAAACUUUAAAGCAGGCUCAGCUACCUCAUCAUAACACCCCGGUUGUGUUUUGUCUUGUUUCUCAACUAACUUUCUGUCAAACUUACCAACGACGGAUACAUCUGGAUUUUUUCAAAGACAGUUUUUAAUUUUCUCAAAUCCAGUUUUUAAAGUUCUCAUGUGCAACUUUUAAUCUUUACCACGCAGUGUUUUAAUAGUUACCAUGCAACUUUUAAUUGUUACCAUGCAGUGUUUUAAUUUUGACUAUGCAAUUUUUAAAGUUCUCAAAGGCAACUUUUAAUCUUUACCACGUAGUGUUUUAAUAGUUACCAGGCCGUGUUUUAAUUUUGACCAUGCACUUUUUAAAGUUCUCAAAGCCAACUUUUAAUCUUUACCACGUAGUGUUUUAAGUGCUACCAAGCAGUGUUUUAAUUGUUACCAUGCAAUGUUUUAAUCGUUAAGAGCCACACAUUUCAUGUCAUCUACCCACUCAACAUCUUUCCAGCCAACAUUACCCGUCAAAACUUUACGAUGGUCAUCUACCAUAUCAUAUACCACGUUAGUGUUUUGGCUUCUCUGACCACAGACAUCUGUCUUCGUCUCUUCUAAGAGCUCUCCCUACCUCCAUCUUUUCUCUAAUCAUCUCAACUCUUUCAAUAUCUUUCAUGCUACCACAGCCAAGUCCACAUUCAAACUUUAUUAAUAUGUCCAACUUCACUCAAACAUUACUAUGUAUUACUUGAGUCUCAUAACACUUCUUAACCUUACUGUUUUUAACUUUUCAUCGACCCACAGAACCAAAGUUCAUAUCAACUAUUGUAGCUAAACUUUUCCAACACAACUAUCGAAGUGUCCUCAAACACAUAACUUCCAUUUUUUCGAGAUGACCGACUACCCAACCACUUGUAUUCCACGGUUAUGUACCACUUACAUGACUAGAGAUUACACUAGGCCUUCCAUUCAUCUCAGGGACCCAGGGCGUUUAUCCCAUGUAACCUACACACUUAUGAUGCAAUCUCCAAAACACACAACUCCUAACUUACAUCUUACAACUAAAAACUCGCCAAACAAUCUCCAAAACUCACAUGUCACAAUUCACAACUCGCAUGUCACAAUUCACACUUCACAAAACACAACUAACAGCUCACAAAUCACCACUACCAAGGUUUGACCAAUAGACAAAAAUAACAACAACAUAGUAAAAUAAAACUUAAAGGGCAAAAAAUGAUAAAAAUAUUUCCUCCUCCUCCUCCUUGUCGGAUACUGACGAAGCUGAAUUUAGUGUCCUCUCACAACCAACCUACUUUGCUCUGAACAUUUCUUUCUCCCCCUUCUCAGAAAAUUUCCUCCUCGCUUAACCUCCGUUGAUCUGAUCCUUUCCUCCUCCUCCUCAUCCAAAGAAACUGAGUUUAAUCUCCUCUCCCCUACACCCUUUUUUGGUCUAAGUAUUUAUUCUUCCUCAUCCUUCUCUCAAAUAAGCCUCUAUCCCUAAUAUUUUUUGGUCUUAUCCUUUCCUCCUACUCAUUAGAGCCUAAUGAAGCUGAGUUUAGUCUUCUCUCAACCCCCAACCUCCUAUGUUCUGAAUCUUUCUUCUUCCUACUCCUCCUCAAGAAAAAGGACUCCUCGACCUCGCAACCCCCAACCUGCUGUCUUCUGAAGCUUUCUUCUUCCUACUAAUCCUCAAGAAAAAGGACUCCUUCUACGAAAUAUUUUUAUCAUUUUUUGCCCUUUAAGUUUUAUUUUACUAUGUUGUUGUUAUUUUUGUCUAUUGGUCAAACCUUGGUAGUGGUGAUUUGUGAGCUGUUAGUUGUGUUUUGUGAAGUGUGAAUUGUGACAUGCGAGUUGUGAAUUGUGACAUGUGAGUUUUGGAGAUUGUUUGGCGAGUUUUUAGUUGUAAGAUGUAAGUUAGGAGUUGUGUGUUUUGGAGAUUGCAUCAUAAGUGUGUAGGUUACAUGGGAUAAACGCCCUGGGUCCCUGAGAUGAAUGGAAGGCCUAGUGUAAUCUCUAGUCAUGUAAGUGGUACAUAACCGUGGAAUACAAGUGGUUGGGUAGUCGGUCAUCUCGAAAAAAUGGAAGUUAUGUGUUUGAGGACACUUCGAUAGUUGUGUUGGAAAAGUUUAGCUACAAUAGUUGAUAUGAACUUUGGUUCUGUGGGUCGAUGAAAAGUUAAAAACAGUAAGGUUAAGAAGUGUUAUGAGACUCAAGUAAUACAUAGUAAUGUUUGAGUGAAGUUGGACAUAUUAAUAAAGUUUGAAUGUGGACUUGGCUGUGGUAGCAUGAAAGAUAUUGAAAGAGUUGAGAUGAUUAGAGAAAAGAUGGAGGUAGGGAGAGCUCUUAGAAGAGACGAAGACAGAUGUCUGUGGUCAGAGAAGCCAAAACACUAACGUGGUAUAUGAUAUGGUAGAUGACCAUCGUAAAGUUUUGACGGGUAAUGUUGGCUGGAAAGAUGUUGAGUGGGUAGAUGACAUGAAAUGUGUGGCUCUUAACGAUUAAAACAUUGCAUGGUAACAAUUAAAACACUGCUUGGUAGCACUUAAAACACUACGUGGUAAAGAUUAAAAGUUGGCUUUGAGAACUUUAAAAAGUGCAUGGUCAAAAUUAAAACACGGCCUGGUAACUAUUAAAACACUACGUGGUAAAGAUUAAAAGUUGCCUUUGAGAACUUUAAAAAUUGCAUAGUCAAAAUUAAAACACUGCAUGGUAACAAUUAAAAGUUGCAUGGUAACUAUUAAAACACUGCGUGGUAAAGAUUAAAAGUUGCACAUGAGAACUUUAAAAACUGGAUUUGAGAAAAUUAAAAACUGUCUUUGAAAAAAUCCAGAUGUAUCCGUCGUUGGUAAGUUUGACAGAAAGUUAGUUGAGAAACAAGACAAAACACAACCGGGGUGUUAUGAUGAGGUAGCUGAGCCUGCUUUAAAGUUUGAAGGGAGGCACAUUUGUUAGUUGUGACGGGGACAACGAACCUAGUAACGGGGUGUUAUGAUGUGGUAGAUGGGUCUGUUGUAAAGUUUGCAAAGGGUGAAAAAUUUUUUAGGUGUGGUGGGGACAGACAAAUUUAAGCGUCGAUGUGAGACGACCAAGAGUGUUAAGUUUUUAAAUGUUAUGGUAGCUGGUCCUCGUAAAGUUGGGUUGGGAAAGGGAGGGUACUUUGUUGAUCGGUGGGUUGGAAAAAAGAUUAGAGUCGAGCUGAGGGGGGAGAGAUGGGAAGGUACAUCGGUACUAAGCGUUUAACAAGGGGGGUGGGGCGGUAUUAGACUCGCCCGAAGGGUCAUUACCCGGUCAUUGACCACGCUUGCGCUGGCUCGCGCAAUCAUUGUUGUAGUGUGUAUAUAAUCCACCCCAAACUUCUAGCCUUUUCAUUCCUGGUGGUCCGACAAUACUCUUGUACAGACGAGUCGAUCACUGUUCAUGCGAUGUUAGUUGUGAUUUGAACGUUUGGUAGCGUAACCUUCGUGACGAUUGCACUUGUGAAAAUCCCGAUGUCCCACGCGGUUGGAAAGUUAAAGAGACUUGUGUUUGCGAUACGAACCCUUUGUGAACUAGACUAAAAAGAAAAUAAUCGAGUUGUAGGAUAGAUGAGAGACCCGUUUAACAUUUGACCCUCUUCCUUGAUUGAGAACCUCUGGCUUUAUUUUAUCAGGUUCAGCGCAAACUACACAUGGUGUUGAGGGAGAGUAACAAGUAUGAACCACACAGAUAAAACAAUCCUACUUAAAAAUUGGACAUUUCUAGUGGAUAACUUAACUCCCCGUUACAUUCUCAGUGGUCUGGUACAACGGGGCAUUUUUACCCCCGCUGAGCAGGCGGAUAUUUUGAGUCACUGGGAUGAUACAACUCAGUCUGAGUUAUUCUUGCUGACAAUGUUAACCUCGGGAUUGGAUCAAUCGUUUCAACGAAAUCAAGAAAGUGUUGAAACGGAUUUUGCCUUUAUCCGUGACAAGUUGACUGCUCCUGUGAAGGAAAUGGGCCAUGAUUUAAAAUGUCUAACAAUCUAAAUUUAAACUUUAAAGUGGCUUUUUUCUUAUAGCCGUUUUCCUUUUUUACUUAAUUUUUUGUGUUCCCAGUGUGGAAAAGUGAUACAUAACACUAUAAGUCGAUAUUGCAAGCGUGAUGGAAGCUAGUCCCCAGACAUUCUCCAACUCACCGUUGGAUCAAAUUUGUCGUGAGGCAGAGUCUAUGGCAGAAGAUUUACUUAUUACUUUUGAUCAAGUGAAUCCUAAAAAGCCUCCCAAUAAAUAUUGUCGCACCUUACGGCGUACUGUGAAAGAGCUGUCAGAUCGGCAUGAUUUAGUUUUUACCGGGUUGGUCAACAGACUAAAACCAGAUGAAACAAAUGCAUUUCCAACUUUUGUUAUUGUUGCGGAUGAAAUCUUUGCUGAUGGACAAGUAAACUGGGGAAGGCUUGUUGCUGUUUAUGCCUUUGCUGCACGAGUUGUCAAGUAUUACAUUGACAAUAAUAAAAAUGAACAAUCUGAUAACAUAAAUGAAUCCUAUUCUUCGAGGUCCAUACCUUACCAAAAGAAGUUUGCCUUAUUUGUUGGAAAAUAUGUUGCUAACAAACUUGGAAAAUGGAUUCUCGACAAUGGAGGAUGGGUAAUCAUUUUAUUUUUUUAUAGUUUUAAGUAGACCUAAAGACUAUCGUAUAGUUAAUAAAAAUAUUAGUAUAGGCGCCCUAGGCAAGGCUUUCCGUCUGGAAUUUAUACGUUAUCGUUGGACACAAAGAGAAAAAACAUAUGUCAUACUAUAACUAUAUGUAUUAUUCUUAAUUUUCAGGAUGGAUUCGUUGAGUUUUUUCCAGCUCAAUCGGAACUGGCUGAAAAGAUAUGGAAAAGUACUUUAUUUACUGCUAUUGGUUUUGUCGGCUUUGGCGCCCUAUCCAUUCUUGUUGCCUCAAGAUAACGCCAACACCUGGACAAACGAACGCUUGUAAAAACACAAGGGUCGUCUUUACCUCUUAAAAAAUAAUGUCAAUAACCUAUUAAAAUGUAUGACUUAAAAUAACUAUGUUUGUAUCGGACAAUAAAAAAAACAAUUAAAAUGUAUGACUCCUGUUAUUUUCUAUCUGUUGUUGAUGUAUAUACUUUACUAAUAAACAUUACAAAUUUUAAAAUUUUUAGAACCCUUGUCACUAAAAGUCAUUUACCCCCGUAUCGCUUACAAUCCCCCGCCCCUAUGGGCACUUGUAAUGGUUGUGUCUACCCUCAGACCAUCGAAAAAUUUCAUCUAAACAAAUGGGUCUAAAUCUUUCUAAUACACUACCUGUUAAUACCCAGACUCCUGCUAUAGUAACACCCCUCAUUCCCCCAGUCCAAUAGAUGAGAUCCCUUGUACUAACCACCUGUUAGAUUUGUCUCAGGUGCAGGUGUCUACCCAUAGUCGGACGAAUCAUGAAGGUUGGGGGAUGACAUGGGAAACAUGGUUAAUCCAUACAUUUCUUACGUUUUAUUCUCAGUGGAAUGCCUAGUGCUUGAUAUGAAGUCUGUCAGAAUAUCUGGUAGAACCAAGAGGGAGCCCUGUCAGUAUACAAUACACAACCCUACUUUUAAACUUUCUUGUAGCUAGCUCCCCGGGCGCCAUUUUUGUUUAUAGGCUAACCAGAGCGCCCCGCCACUCACAGAACACGUCAGCCCUUUUGUUAACAAGCGUAGCGGGGAAAUGUGAACAAUGGACGAGCUGUGGCCGUUGGUUACAAUGCGCGGUGUAGCGUGACUUGUGAGCGCAGGUGGGGUGAUGGUAUGUCUUGUAAGUCAAGAGUUGAAGUCAUUGAUAAUUAAAAAAUAUAACCCCCUAGACUAAAAAUGUAAACAACACACUACAAUAACUCUAAUUAGGACCCUACUCGGUCCUCAAAAUUGCCAAGAAAAAACUUAAAACAUCUGUCAUGCUUACAAAACAUAACCCACUAAGCCUAAAAAAUUUAAACAACACACUACAAUAUCUCUAAUUAGGACCCUACUCGGUCCUCAACUUGCCAAGAAGAAGCUUAAAACCACCUGUCCUGCCUACCAAACCAUAUACAAUAUACAAGAAAACUAAUUAAAAUACAAGAAAAUAUACAACCAAAACACUUUGAGAACCACCUGAAAAUGAGAAAUAUUUGAUUACUCAUCAAUAAAAUUCAAUAAACUUAUCCUGUUACACCAGAAUUAUUCCAUAUCAAGAAGAAAACUCGUUAUGAGUCACACCUAAUGAGAACCACUUAUUAGAAAAUCAACCCCGACAUCGUGAUAACCACUUUAAAUAUACAAGAAAACUAAUUAAAAAAUAUAAGAAAACCUACUAAAAUGCAACCAAAAAUGACCCACAUACUUUGAGAAUCACUUAAAAUAGACAAGAAAACUAAUUAAAAUACAAGAAAGUAUACAAUCAAAACACUUUGAGAAUCCCUGAAAAUGAGAAAUAUUUGCUUACUCAUCAAAUGUGUGUGUGUGUAGUGCGGUCGAAUGGCCUGUCCGUUGCAAGGCAGACGGGUGAAAAGAAAAAAGCAGAAAUGGCGCCCGAUGUGACCAUUAUCACAACACACACAGACUCCUGCUAUAGUAUAACCAGAGAGUCAAAUACCUGAGACGACUUGGAUUCAAAACCUGAACUUUGGUUCUGUGGGUCGAUGCAAAGUUAAAAACAUUAUGGUAAAGAGGUGUUAUGAGACUCGUGUAAGACAUAGUAAUGUUUGAAAGAUGUUGGACAUAAUAAUGUUUGAAUGUGGACUUGCCUGUGGUAGCAUGAAAGAUGUUGAAAGAGUUGAGAUGAUCAGAAAAAAGAUGGAGGUAGGACGAGCUGUUAGAUGAGACGAAAACAGAUGUAUGUGGUCAGAGAAGACAAAACACUAAUGUGGUAUAUGAUAUGGUAGAUGCCCCUCGUAAAGUUUUGAUUGGUAAUGUUGGAUGGACCGAGGUUGAGUGGGUCGAUGAAAUGAAAUUUGUGCCUGGUAACGAAUAAAACACUCAUGGUAACAAUUAAAGCCAUGCAUGGUAACAAUUAAAACACUGCGUGGUAAAGAUUAAAAGUUGCCUUUGAGAACUUUAAAAAUUGCAUGGUCAAAAUUAAAACACUGCAUGGUACCGAUUAAAAGUUGCGUGGUAACUAUUAAAACACUGCAUGAUAACUUUAAAAAAAAACUGCGUGGUAACAAUUAAAAGUUGCAUUUGAGAACUUUAAAAGUUGCAUGGUAACGAUUAAAACACUGCGUGGUAAAGAUUAAAAGUUGCACUUGAGAACUUUAAAAACUGGAUUUGAGAAAAUUAAAAACUGUCUUUGAAAAAAUCCAGAUGUAUCCGUCGUAUGAGAAUCACUUAAAAUAGACAAGAAAACUAAUUAAAAUACAAGAAAGUAUACAAUCAAAACACUUUGAGAAUCCCUGAAAAUGAGAAAUAUUUGCUUACUCAUCAAUAAAAUUCAAUAAAGUUAUCCUGUUACAACCGCAUUAUUCCAUAACAAGAAGAAAACUCGUUAUGAUUCACACCUAAUGAGAACCACUUAUUAGAAAAUCAACCCUGACCCGCCCUUGACCUUUUAAAUAUACAAGAAAACUAAUUAAAAAUAUAAGAGAACCUAUUAAAAUGCAACCAAAAAUGACCCCCAUACUUUGAGAAUCACUUAAAAUAGACAAGAAAGCUCAUUAAAAUACAAGAAAAUAUACAACCAAAACACUUUGAGAACCUACUGAAAAUGAGAAUUAUUUGCUUACUCAUCAAUAAAAUUCAAUAAACUUAUCCUGUUGCAACAGAAUUAUUCCAUAACUAGAAGAAAACUCGUUAUGAGUCACACCUAAUGAGCACCACUUAUUAGAAAAUCAACCCCGACAUCGUGAUUACCACUUAAAAUAUACAAGAAAACUAAUUAAAAAUAUAAGAAAUUAUGCAACCAAAACACUAUGAGAACCACUCAUUAGAGAAAAUGAGAACCACUCAAUAGAAAUUUGAGAACCACUUAUAUUAAAAUUAUGCAAUAAAAUUGUGAUUCUGUUGAAUCAAUCAUGAUUCUGUUGAAUCAUGCACUUGUCAUAAAAUAUAAUAAAAGUAAUAUAUAAAAAACAAUUCCUCUUUUGUUAUCUCUUUGAUGUCGUCAUUAAUCAAACUAAUUACAAAUCAUUUACAACAGUACAACUCUAAUUACACAAUACAAAAAAUAAUCAAUACAACAAUAAUUACGCUCGGACAACAAUAAUUAAUAUAAUCAAUACAACAAUAAUUACACUCGGACAACAAAGGGAGGUCACUUUUAUAAGACAGUAAUUAUCGGGUUAUACCCCUUGGCGGGUCUGGCGGGCUCACCCGUCCUUCACCCGCCAAUUUACGCCCUGAUUCGUGCGUAUAUCACUACUUACCUGACGCAAUUUCGACCUCAAAUAAUGUUUUCUUUAAAUUAAUUAAAUUUUAAAAAAAACUUGACGUCACAAAUUUUUGACCACCCCCUCCCCCUGCCACAGUGUCCCGAAUUCUCGACCCCCCCCCUUCCCCCUGAGCCUGACGUUAUUUGCGAACGCCCCCUCAGUGAGCUAUGAUUUUGGAUGAUAAUUUAGUGGUGUAAACUGUUACCACUCGCCCAAAGCCAGUCAUGAAACAAUAUUUUGUAGGCCAUUUUACUGUAGAAGAUAUGCGUUUCGUCAAAAAACCUCUAAAAAUAUAUAUAUAUUUUUUUUAAUAUCUAAAGCUUUAGCGCUCACUUAACUCCAUCGGUAAGUGUUUGUUGUGUUUGUGUUUCCAUGUCACAUGUGUCAAACUCAAGGCCUGUGGGCCACAUCCGGCCGGCGUACAAUUACAUCCAAGUCAACGCUAACAUUUUGUUAUCGUUCAGUGUCUUUACAAAUAUCGUAGGUCCUAAGGUCAAUCGGGGUCCGCUAAUUGAUGUCAGAAACUGACAAGGACAGGAUUUUCGUUUUCCAAAAAAAAAAUAAAAAAAAAAAAUAAAUAAAACGACGUUUCCAAAAAUAGAUUCCUGGUGAUUAGAAUAAAAUCAGAGGUAAAUUUAUCAUUCCGGACUUUUUUUUUUCUUUCUGCCACUUGCCAAUAUAUUCUUCUUCUUAUAUUUGAGGGGCCCACGAUCAAUUUGUUGAUCAUUCUGGCUCCUGGUUUAAAUUUUAGAGUUUGCCUUCUCUUAGAUGGGUUGCCAUCCAAGGCUAACGAGUCCCAUCCACCCGGGCUGCUUGGGAUGUUGGCUUUGGUAGGGAAUUGUUCAAUAGUCCAGACCACCAGCUAUUUGGGUUGAGACAGUUUAGACCGCUCGGCCACCCAGCACCCAAAUUAAUAUUAUUAAUUAUUAUUAUGAGUUAAAAUGUUUUGCAGAUCAUUGUAUCUCAAUCUGGCCAUUGCUUGUACAGUGCGUGUAGACUUUUUUUUUUACAGUGGGCAGAAAGUUUUUCGGGGUGUGGUGACGCCAUUGUCACGUGAUAUGCACACUGCGUAAGUUGAUAAUAAUUUUUUUUAUUUUUUGAAAAGGACAGGGGCAGUUUGGAUAAAUCGUCGUUCUUUUUGUACAAAUAAUGGUUGGCUAAUUGGUUCGAGUUAUUUUCUCAAGGAAAAACUCGAGAGAGAAAAUAACGGAGCGGUCCAAGGGUGGAUUCACGAUAUGAAAGGAGUGGGGGAACUUGGGAAGAGGGGACAAAUUUUCAUUUCACAUGAUUGAAUGCAUGAUAAAAAUCAAUGUUGAAUUCACGAUGAAAACACAUCUACUCGUAGCGCCUUGAAGGGCGCACUUCCUUCUUCUCCCCCCCCCCCCCCCCCCAAGUGAAUGCUACUCGAAUCCUUUAAGUGUCAUCGCUGCCCUGUUAAAUUAUAACCUGAAUGAUAUUUAACUAGUUUAAGCGUGGCCAGUCGGGAAGCAGUGGCGUUACUUCAGGAUUUUCAGGAUUUUUCACACACACACACACACACACAAAAGGGGUGGGGUGGGGUGGGGGGGGGAGAGACUAAAACUUGGUCAGCUUGUUAAGUUGUUUUGUUUUUUUUACUGGAGGCGCCACAGUGCAUAGUAAUUAAAAUACUUCUGCGAAUUCAAGGGGGAGAAUGCCCCACCUUGCCCAACCCAAAAUGACGCCCCUGUCGGUAAGCAGAACUUAAAAAAAAAAAUUCACAUUGUGGGUGCGGUUAGGGGGUGGCUGGGUUAUUUGUUAUUUCAUUUGUGUUAAGGUGGGCGAGAGUAUGACUUUGAAGUACCUCACAACGACAGUAAUCAAUGUAUGGUCAAGUCUUACAUCCUUUUUUAAAAAAAAUUUGAGGUUAAAAUCGAUUUGAAAACUCAAUGAAAACAGCAGCAUGCGAUGAAGCGAGUGUUUCUCGGUAAAGGGUGUGACGUCAUAGUAUAGUCUUUUCAUUGACCCUCAAAUCGAAGUGGUGAUCUGUCUUGCCAGGUACACGUAGGGUCAACACUUUGGCGUUUCUGGUUCAGUUUGCCAAAUGGGAAACAAUAUUACUAUUUUCAUUUAAAUGUUUAGACUUCAUCUUCAAACAAUAAUUGCUUGCUUGAUAUAAGGUCAAGAUAUAUCAAAUACGACUCAAAUCCCAAAUAAUCUUAUCGCCGUAUGGCCUCAGUUGGUUUUUUUGUUGUUGGUGGGAAUAAGAUAGAAUUGGGGUGGGAAAACUACGGCCCCCGGGCCGCAUGCGGCCCGACAACCGAUACUAUACGGCGCUCGAAGGCAUUUAGAAAAUUUAAAAAAAAAAUUCUGUUUAAGUUAUUUUGUUGAACUUUACAGAAUCUCAUGUACCGUUAUGAUUGUUUGAACAUUAUUCUAUGAAUUUUCUUUCUAAUCUUCUUUUUUUUUAAAAACAGUCCUUGACUUUUGUCAUAAUAUGUUAAAUGCGAAUUUACCGAUUUUAAAAUAGAGAAAUGUUAAAAAAAUGAAUCUCCAUGCGGCCCCCAAUAGCUUUGCAUUGGUCAAUGUGGCCCACCGCUCAAAAAGUUUGCCCACACCCGAGGUAGAGAGAAAUCAGAGGUAUUGCUCUCUGAAUGCUAUUCAUACGAGCCAAACUACUUUCAAAUAAAACGUCUCGUUUAAUAGCUACAAUAGUGGAUGGGUUUUUAUUUCUUCUUUUUAAAAAAAAAAUAAUGUUUUACUCUAGACAAUGGCGUCAUUAGGGGGUGUUGGCCGCACCGGGUGACCCCCUUUCCACGGAUGUAAAAUCAAAUGGGAAAUUGCAAAUCUGGCAAAGCUCACCCAAAUGUUUUUCCUAACGUAUCUACUAACAUGCAAUAGCAAGGUGGUAGAAUCCAGAUGGGGAUGACACCGUCAUAUUACCACACCAGAUGUCACAAAACCCUUCUGACGCCUCUGGCGCCUGUAUUACAAUCGACACUUUAUGGAUACAAAGACUAAUUAUUUUUUAAAUGCUGUUUUAAACAUCCUUUUUAACGUAUUGACUAAUGUCAAGUUAUUUGGCAUUAAUUUUUUUUUUUUUUUAAAUGACAUGACAUGGUAGGAAAAGAUGAGACUGGCUUCCCUGUCUGGAAUCACAGAGACAUGUUCGUUGACCAACAUCAAGCUCAUCAUCAUGGUCUGGUCAGUGGUGUGCCACGGCAUCGUGUCACAGACAUCUGCCGGCGACGGUGACAUUCCGGGUGACAGCGAGACCUCGCCUUCAGCUGGCCGGGACUGGGCCAAAGUGAGGCGAGACGACGCUGUCCAGAGAUACACUCCAUUUUCAGCGCGGAGUUACGGGUAAACAAAUAAAUUGUACAGCAUGAAUCUGUGAGUUAUAUCCUACUGUAGGCUUGUCAAAGACGUAAAACAACUAAUUUUUUUUAAAUAGAUUUAAUCAGUUUUAAAAACUAAUCUCAAAUCGGUGUGAAACGUCAGAGUUUGUUUGUUUUUGUUUUUAGAAUUCUAAAAAAAUAAUGAGAUUGGAAGAGAGCACCAGCAACUUCAGUGUAUUUUUAAAAAAAAUAUUUUUAAUAUUAUGCUAUCUUUACAAAGUUCUUAAAACGGACAAUUACCAUUAAAAAUAAAGAAGAAAUGUUUGCUUAUUAAAUGAACUAAACAAGUGUCCGCGGGCAAGGACGAACUUAAACGCGUUGAACCAAUGUAGCAGGAUUUCUGUAUUCAGAAAAAAAAAUUAUUAUUGUUUACUCCAGAACUGGUACCGCCGCCCAGAGAGUCGCUUUCCAAGGAGAAGAUCCUGUCAGAAAGAGGAGGAGCCUAUCGCCCAGAGAGUCGCUUUCCAAGGAGAAGAUCCUGUCAGAAAGAGGAGGAGCCUAUCGCCCA